GAUCUCUACGGUUAAGUACCUACUACCGCCCACUGGUAGCUUCAUAACUCAGAUGAAUCUAGUUAGAAAAAAAGGAAACUUGUGAGCUUCUAUGUAUUUCUUUAUUCUUUAAUUAAUACUCAUCACACGGAGCCUAGAUUCAUCCGAUGAUCUGAGAUAGAGUAAUCCUGCUGUGUGUUAAAUUUUAUUUCUCUGUCACUUUGAGAUACGAAAUACUAUAAAUAUAUUAAACAACUUCAUUUAUAGAAUUGCAGAAUGUCUAGCCGAGAAGGAGGUAAGAAAAAACCACUAAAGGCACCAAAAAAGGAUUCUAAACAAUUAGAUGACGAAGAUGUAGCUUUUAAACAAAAACAAAAGGAACAACAAAAGGCACUGGCAGAAGCAGCGAAGAAAGCUAGUCAAAAGGGUCCUCUUGUUACUGGCGGCAUCAAGAAAUCUGGCAAAAAGUGAUUGCAUUUUAUUAAAAAGCAUUGCACAAAAAUUUGUCACAGUCACUCUGCAAAAUCUUAUAAUGUUCUUACAGCAAUGUCCACCGAUCGAUUUGCUAUACGAAAUAUUUCUACUAUCACAUUUCGCUGCAUCAGUUACUUGUAAAUACAAUUGAAAAUAGAUACAAAUUGGAUAGGUUAUAAAAAUUCCAUGGAAUACAUAUAAUAUUUCAUCGUAUGAAAAAAUACAAUUACAAAUUUUUAUUUUAUUGAGCUGAACAAGAGUCAUCCUUUGUGUCAUUGAAAUAAUGUUAAUAUAAUUUUAUAUGUAACAUAAGAUAUAACAGCAAACAAGUAAGCUCGAAGAAAAGUCAAACAGAAA